UAAGAAGAAGGAUUACCCAACUGUGAGGAGGGGGACAUUUCACUGAUGAAAUCUAAAUGAGGUCACUUUCUGUUGAUUACAUGAGAGGAAUAUGAGGCCGUUUUCAUGAUGUGAGAAAUCCUUGUGCUCCAAAUAGACAAGGUCCUGAAGGAGAAGAGAAAGCUGUUUAUCCAUUCCAUGGGUGAAGGUACAAUAAAUGGCUUACUGGAUGAAUUAUUACAGACAAGGGUGCUGAACAAGGAAGAGAUGGAGAAAAUAAAACAUGAAAAUGCUACAGUUAUGGAUAAGACCCGAGCUUUGCUUGACUCUGUUGUUCGGAAAGGGGCACGGGCAUGUGAAAUUUGCAUCACAUACAUUUGUGAAGAAGACAGUUACCUGGCAGAGACGCUGGGACUCUCAGCAGCUCCUCAGGCAGUGCAGGACAACCCAGCCAUGCCCACAUCCUCAAGCCCAGAAGGCAGAAUCAAGCUUUGCUUUCUAGAAGAAGCUCAAAGGAUAUGGAAACAAAAGUCGCAGAGGUGCCAUGUUCAGAAUACAUAAUAAAGUGGAGUGAAAGAUA